AUGCUAGCAAAGGCCACAUACAACCCGCUGGGCCUGCAAUCCACGCAGACUCCGACAACUUCUUACUACACUGGCGCGGCGCAGAAGACCGCUAGCCUCGGCGAUCCUCAGAAUGGCACGUUGUUCGCCAGUCCGACGGAGUCAGAUUUUUCGGACCAGCCCGACGGCCUGGAUGCUGUACGGUCCUGGGACGAGAAGCAGGUUAUUGCUUGGCUUCACAGCAUAAAUUGUGGUCAAUAUGAAGCUCUGUUCAAAGCGAACAAUGUCAACGGCAAUAAUCUUAUUGAAUGUGAUCAAAAGAUUCUGCAAGAGAUGGGCAUCAAGAAGAUUGGCGACCGCGUCCGAAUCUUUGUCGCCAUCAAGCAACUGAGAAACAAAUCCGUCCUCAACAGAAAACAAAGAACGAUGAACCAAUUGGCUGCGCUUGAAGCCGUAACUUACACAGCCGCCUCAUCCGGGACAGCCCGCCAGUCCAAUCAUCGCCCAACAACGAGUGCACGCCGCACGUCUCGAGCAGCCGAAACUACUUCUCAUACUUACUCCGCCGGUCGGUCGUCAUCGCGACCCGGAUCGCCUCUCCGUGCUCAACAGUAUGUCGCAAGUAGUCCGAUGGAAACCGGGCGAAAGGAACAGGGAUCAGGAUACUUCAGUCAUCCACCAUCUGCUGGGUCAAUCACCACCCGAAAGCCAGGCACUCCGAGCGAAAACGGUCACAACAAUCGGAAUGGCUCGCAUUUGAGACAGAACCCGAGCCUGGAUGGCUUGACGAUGGGACAGUUGCCGACAAACUCGCCUGUCAUCAGAGUCAUAUACACCGGUGGUCAGACCAAGGUGCUUGACAUCAAGCACUGCAAAACGGCGGAUGAGAUUAUUCUGUGCGUUCUGAAAAAAUUGCAGCUUCCCGAGCAUCAGUAUCGCAAUUAUUGCUUCUAUGUGAUGGAUGGCUUGGAACCCGAUCCCUCCAAUUGCAGGAGGCUCGCGGACCAUGAGCUUAUGGAGAUAUGCGAAAAUAGUCACAGACCAGAGCGAGGUCGUCUUAUCCUUCGCAAGAUUCAUGCUGGAGAACCAGAUACGGAUGAGCUCCGUCGGGCUUCGCAACUGGCGGUAGAUGAAAGCCAGGUUGCUCACAUGAACGCUUUGAGCAGUUCUAAUGUGCGCAACCAGCUUAAGAUCCAGCAGCUGACCGGCGAAUCCUGGCUUAACAUCAGACAACCGAUGUCUCCUGUCUCGUCUCGACAAAAUCCAACACCUAGCGAGCAUGAAGUGCGGUCAGCCAACUUGGAAGGCCCCGCUUAUUCUGCUGCCAAGUUGCGACACUUCUUCGGUGCUCGUCCCCCAAGUGAGAUGAUUAUACACGAGAUUACGUCUUACUUCCCAGGCCACCACCGGGAGGACAUUGAGAAGACAAUGCGCAUGUCUGUCCGAAGGUCGCAGCGUCUGAGCCGUGCAGCAAGUCGCCUGAGCGUUGUCAGCAACACCAGCUACGCGUCUAGUUUGAGGGAUGCGCCGCCGAUGCCGAGCAUCGCCGACACUUGGCUCAAUGCUGGACCGACCCGCUCGUCGAGACCUCUCUCCGUGUCAAAGUUCAGCCUGCCAACACCGUCCUACAGAGAUUCGAUCGCUUCCAGCUCUCUGCAACCGCUUCAGGAAGAGUCGCCUAUUGAGCCGAACCGCAAGUCAUAUGUUUCCUUUGAUAGUGGUUCUGAUGAUCCCACAACUUCUCGUCAGAGUCUUCUUGAUGAGAAUGCCAGCGUUGCGGCAACUGACGGCGGUUCACUCAAUGAACGAUUGAGUGUUCUAGUGGCCGAAGAUGGAGAAGAGCAGGAUGAUGGUCUUACAGACUUUUUGGCGGGCAACAACUUCGCCCCAAAGAACUGGAUGAAAGGUUCUCUGAUUGGAGAAGGAUCUUUUGGCAGUGUGUUCCUUGCACUCCAUGCGAUUACUGGAGAGCUCAUGGCCGUCAAACAAGUCGAGAUACCCUCUGCGACUAAGGGCACAGAAUUCGACAAGCGCAAAAACAGUAUGGUCACUGCCCUCAAGCAUGAGAUCGAGCUUCUACAAGGGAUGCACCAUCCGAACAUCGUGCAAUAUCUGGGCACUUCCGCAGACGACCAGUAUCUGAAUAUUUUCUUGGAGUAUGUGCCAGGAGGAUCUAUUGCUACGAUGUUGAAACAGUACAACACCUUCCAAGAGCCCCUGAUCAAGAACUUCGUUCGACAGAUUUUGGCGGGCUUGUCCUAUCUCCACAGUUGUGACAUCAUUCACCGCGAUAUCAAGGGUGCUAACAUCCUUGUGGACAACAAAGGAGGCAUCAAGAUUUCCGAUUUCGGUAUCUCAAAACGAGUGGAAGCUUCUACUCUUCUCGGUGCUCGUGCCAGUGGCACUGGUGGUGGUCACCUGCACCGCCCCUCGUUGCAGGGUAGUGUCUACUGGAUGGCACCGGAAGUGGUUCGUCAGACGGCGCACACGAAGAAGGCUGACAUCUGGAGUCUGGGUUGUUUGGUGGUCGAGAUGUUCAUUGGAGCCCAUCCAUUCCCCGACUGCAGUCAAUUACAAGCCAUUUUCGCAAUUGGAAGCAACAAGGCCAGGCCGCCGGCUCCCGAGCAUGCCAGCGCCGAAGCCGUGGAUUUCUUGGAUCAGACCUUCCAAGUGGAUUACGAGCAAAGGCCGUCAGCAGACGAACUGCUCACUUGCCCGUUUUUGAAGACUCCUCUUGCUGGAUAG